ACAAGCUGAUCGGCGUCCACUGCACCCACGGCCUGAACCGCACCGGAUACCUGAUCUGCAGGUAUCUGAUAGACGUUGAUGGGAUGGAUCCUAAGGAGGCUGUGGCGUUGUUUAACUCGUCGCGGGGCCACGCUAUCGAAAGACACAACUACCUGGAAGAUCUCCAGCGUGGACCGAAGAGGAGUAACGAGGGGAUGGAGGAGUCGGAGCAGGAGCCAAUGAGAGGUCGAGCUGCACAUCGGCCGUCAGACGGUGACCGCAGAGAGGAGCGCCGACCUCACCUCGCCGACUGGUACCACAGGUCGUACCCUCCAACAGGAAACCAGCGCUCCCAUCACCACCACCCACAGGACGGCCUGCUCCCCAGUCCUCCGUUACUGCCUCCGCCUCCUUUCUGUCCACCCACGGGCGCCCCGCUGCACCACCACCACCCGUACCGAUGGACCCCGCCUCACCCCGACAGUCAGUGGAGGAGACCCCCCCGCCCAGUGGACAGAAGGAGAGGUCCUCCUCCUCCUCCUCUUCCUCCUCCCCUCCCACGCUACUCCGCACGCUGGACCAACGAGUCCAACGGCCUGCGUGAGCGACCCGAGGAGGAGUGGGCCGGCCGCCAGAUGAGACCUCACCACAGACACAGAGUGAACACGUACGACAACUACUGACAGAAAGCAGGACUCUUCCUGUCAUCUGCUUUUACACUGAAUGUGGUUAAUGUGUCCGAUGUUCACUGGAAACCUUUUUAUCAGUGUUUUAUCAGCUCAACUCUGAGUCUAUUUUAAUCGAUCGGUGUCGGCUAAAAUAAAGCCGAUCAGAAUCCACAGCGUAGAGUUUGACUGUGAACAAAGAUCAGGAGUUAUUCCUCCUCUCAAACAUUCAGCUGCUCAGUGUCAGCGACGGCUCGCGUUACUUUCACCGUCCUCAUCGGCUGUUUCCAAAUAAUGUUAAUUAAUCCAAAUAAUCUGUCGUAUCUGGAUGUUGAGAAAUCAGGUUUAGUAUUUUAUUAGUAUUUAUUAGAGGACUGAUGAGGAUCCGGACUGUAGACGUGGAGCAGAGUUCAGACUGUUUUACUUCCAGCUGUCGGAGCCGAUGAAUGUUUGUCAGCUCUGAGAUCUUAAUGUGCCUUUUUCAUACUGACCUCAAAUCAGUCCAAUGUUGAUCCCGCUGCCAAGGAGAACUGUUGACAUGUUUACGGUUUUAUUCUCUUUUUAUUGGACUCUUUUAUAUUUUUGGUUUGUUUUAUCGGCUGCUUCUCACCUGAGAGGAUCUGUAACACAGGUUUACUCUUUCACCUCAGAUUGGAUCCCUUUUAUUAAAUUCAGACAGUUAGGACUGCAACUAAUGAUCAUUCUCAUUAUCCCUCUAUGUGUUGGUUGUUUUCUUGAUGGAUUAAUUAGUUUGUUGCUCUAUAAAAUGGUGUAAAAUAUAAAAAUAUAACCAUCACAGUUUCCAGAGCCCGGGGUGAUGUGUUCAAUGUCAUUAAAAAAAAAGAAGCUGUUUCGAUGUGGAACCAGUUAAAUUUUUAUCUUUUUAGUUUAAAAAUGGACUUUCUGUAUUAUCAUUUAAAACAUUUAUGAAUUUACAAUAAAGUGUCGCUGUGACGUGA